CUUGAACUUCUGUGUUGAUAUUUAUCUGUGGUGUCAAUAUUCAAACUCUAAAAAUCUACACGGACUCAUCAUUAUCACUCGCAUCGAGAAUGGAAAUUGCUGCGGUAGAGAACGUGAUUACCACCGCCAAGUUACCAACUACUACAGUUACUACAGUUGAGGUGGAGUCACCGGAUCAGGAACUUUACUUGCUUAAUAGAAGAGACGAGCAAGAGAGAGACAGGCUAGACCGACAAAGCAACGCCAUCAGAGUUGCCCGAGACGGACACGUUCUUGACCCCCGAAUCCCCAAGCAAAAUGUGUCUAGGGUAGCAGAUAUAGCAACAGGUACCGGCAUUUGGCUCCGAGAAUUGGCUGAGGAAUUUGCGAAUGGAGGGUAUAACCUUCAGGAGACAAUAGGGUUCGAUAUCUCUCCCGACCAAUUUCCCAAGAAUCCUGCUCCGGAAACCAAAUUCGUGUUGUGGGAUAUGACGAAGACCUUCCCCAAAGAAUACCACGGUACCUUUGACGUCGUACAUGUACGACUCGUCGUGCUCGCCCUAAAAGCCGAACAAAUCAAAGGUGUUGUAGAGAAUUUAAUCGAAUUACUCAAACCCAACGGAUACCUCCAAUGGACCGACAUGUCCUACCGGCACGGACUCCACAUAACCCACUCCUCCGACUCAAGCGAGCCCGCGUGGAAAACCGGAAUAGACACCAUGUUCCAAUACUGGUCCGCCCAAGGAUACUCCUACGAUCCACCCGACGACGUCGAAAAGAUUCUGCAAACUUUACCCGUGGAAGAUGUGUACGUAACCGACCACACAUUCGCACCGUAUCACAAACCGGAAAUAAACGAUCUGGUCAUCGAGUGGCAGUCGCGCGCCAAGGCGCUGAUUAUACAGUUGCUCGCAUCGCGCAAUGGAUUGAGCGACGAAGAAGCGAAGAGGGCAGGGUAUUCCUAUCGGAAGAAGGCGGUCGAGAUGGGAAAGCGGGGCGUGAUUUGGAGGUCGCCGGUGGCAACUUUGGUGGCGCGCAAGAAGUAGAAGGUGUAGAAAAUCAGACACAAGUCCCACAUUCGUCAUGGGAAGUUUGAUGUUGAGGAAAUGUAAAGGGUGGAAGCAAAAGGUGGCAGCUGUCUGUAAAGACAUUCAUUUGGAAUGAACAGACAUUUUAGGGAACAUCAGGUCGAUUCAUAGUUCUGCAAAAUUUGUGAAGCAUUGCUGACACUGGUUUGUUAAGUAAAGAUCACCAGUGGGUGUCUUGACUUGUCGUUCUAGCCCUAGUUCAGAAUCAAAAGUAUCCCGAAAAACACCAUCAAUCAAUCUCACAUAUACUAUCAAGC